GAAUUCUGCUGUGUUAAAUAAUUCAUUACGACAAUAAAAAUGGAAUCCCACAAACUGGUUUGAUUUUUUAAGAAAAUGAAGGCGUGGAAUUCAAUCUUUUGACCAUUCUUACAGAACAUCUCGACAAGUGAACCAUGCUAUCAAUAAAGAUAAAAGAUUAUUCAAGUCAUGCCAAGUGCAUCAAAAUCAUAUUCCUUUUAAGCUGUUUCAUUGCGAAGGUCAGCUCAAAAUCCUUCAUAUUAGAGGCAGAGGAUUCACACACUGUUGGGUCAUUGUACAUCGGGGACAAUAAAUUAGGGGGCGUGUCUCGAUCAGAAGCCAGCGGACGGAAGGCCGUGCACAUGAAACAGGGACAAUAUUUAGAGUACACCUUUUGUGUACACAGAGAAACCAACGUUCAGCUUUCGAACAUACGAUUUUCCAAUGAUGGACCUCAUGACGAAUACUUGGUCGAAAUCGACGGGAACACGGUCGGAGAAUAUAAAACAGGAACUCAGACAGGAAGCGGAAAUGCUUGGAACAGUUAUCAUUCAAGUGGACUUGUGGGUAAGGGUGUUACUCUUGCCGCGGGGAACCAUAAAAUAAAACUCGUGGUGGCUAUGUCCGACCAGUGGGGAGCAGAGGUAGACUUCAUUUUGGUGGACGUCGAUGACCAGAAACUAGACGAACUAGGAUUCUAUUGUGAUAUGUUUUGUUUUGACGACAUUAAAUUUCAAAAAGUUCCAAAAUUAGACAGUGUUCCUGGGUCAAGAUUUGAACAGAGAAGCUUUAGGUCAUCUUGCUCUGAAGAGGCAAAUGUCAAAGUAGCGGUAUACAAUGAUUUAGCGACAUUUUUCCGCGUGACUGCAUCAAAUCCAAAGUAUAAAACGUUCUCCAACAAUCGCCUUCCAAACUACAGUGGUUGCAAUGUUGGUCGGCCUUCGUUAAACUUUUCUAAUAUAGCUGUUGCUCCGUAUGAACAAAGCAUAUCCACAAGUAAAUAUAAAAUUGAUUUUGCAGGAUCCCCGAAUUACGUUAUAAUGGCCGUUACUUUUUUCCAGCCCAAACUCUCGCUGACAAGAGACACAAAUGAACAUCAAGUCGGUUCCGUUUUGAAACUGAAGUUGAGAGAUGAUGGUGCACCUUUUGACCUUGAUAUUUCUUAUCUGGGUGAAUCUCGUCGGUACAUUAGUUUUGAUAGACUUAAAGUUGAUCCUAAAAAUAAGACAAUGCAUACCUGGAAAAUCCCUGAUCAUUCCUGGAGUUUAACCCAGGAAAACAUUCUACGACUUGGCUUUUCCUCGCCAAAAGCAGUCAAUGCUUUCAUUGAAAAUAUAACGCUUAAAAAACGGGAAACGGUUCACAACAAAACUGUCCUCUAUCAGGACAAUAAUUAUAUCAUUGAGGGGACCGACAUCGACGCGGGGUACAUGGCCGAGAACGCCAUGACCACUAGAAGUAAAUAUACAAAGGAGGUGUAUACUAACCUGGAUUUAAUUCAGGUCCACGCCAAACUGCCUUGGAGCAGCGGGUUCUCCCAGGUGUUCUCCCUGUAUCACGAUGGAACAGCCAGCCUACUUCCCAUUACGCCUCAUGGUCUUGAUUGGAUACCAUUUGGAACGACCGUUGUCAUUGGACCAAACAAUGCAAGUGACCCUCGACCAACUUCACCAAUCAAAAGCAUCGAACUAGAUCCAAUCAACAUGAAAUUUGAAGUAGAAUUUGUCCACGGAGACCGGGCUUCUCUUUCUAUUGAUUCAAUGCAUUUCGAAACUGUUCUCACCGUAAAAUAUGGUGAAAUCAAACAUGAUAGAAAACUGUAUCCUCUAAUGACUGUGCUCUCCACCCAUAUAUCCGACGGAAAUAGCCUUACUGAUCAUUUAUCUGUGAAUGGAGAUACGCCUAGAAAAAUUAUGGAAGAUUGGAAAUCUUUGUUUGGCACAUCAGCCAUGUUUUACCGGAAAUGCAUCUCCAGCUAUCAUUCAAUGAGUCCUGACCUUCGGGUUGAGGUUAUAGAUGAAGACAAACUUCUGGUAUAAUUCUGUAUCCGAAGCAAGAUCUCUUCAUAAGGAUAUGAGAGCACUAAUACUAAUUGUUCAAAAGUUAUGACUAAGGUUAUUCUUUUAAUGAGUCAAACUCUAAUGUCAGGGUCAUAAGGUCAUAAAUAUUGAUACCCAUUGAAAGGUCACAUUGAAAACACAUGGAAAGUAUGAAUGCCGUAGCACCAACUGUUUUUUUUUCUUCGAAACUAUAGCCCAGCAUAAAGAUUCGUAUUUUAAAAAAAGUGAUUCAAACUCAAGGUCAAAUUUAAGAGGUAAACAUGUUCUGGUUCUUCAAAAAAGAUCUUGUAACAAAAAAACACCCCUGAAAUAUGAAAGACAUAACCCCAAACACUCAAAGUUAUGGGCAAGGUUCAAGUAAUUGUGGACAAACAAACAAACGGAUGCACAAUGGAAAAACUAUAUGACCCCGAAUUUUCCGUUGCAAGAGCAAAAACCCACACCUAAAAUGUAAAAUAUAAUUAUGUAGAUGGGCUUAAUUAAACUACAUGUAAUGUUUAUGAAAAUAUGUACAAAGCACCGAUGAUCGGCUUGAGUUUUGUAGUCCUUACAAUGGCUUACAUAUAUGUCAUUUACUGUUCAUGUAUUGCCUUAUUUAGCUGCUGUAUAAUUAAAUGCAUUUACUUUCAUGUACUAGUAUGUAUAACAUAAUGUUAUGAAUGUUCUUUGUUAAAAAUAAGCAAUCAUUCUAUAAUGAAUCAUACAAACAAGAUGAUCCAGAAUUUUUGAUACUAUUUUAUAGAAAACUCCUAUGUGUGAAAAUACUAGUAAUUAAAGGAACAUUCAAAACUUUGUACAUGCUUUGACACUUUGCAAAGUAUAUAAACAAGCA